AUGUCCUCGAUUCACCCCGAAGGCGUAUUCGACAGUCUAGCCAAAUUUUACGUCUCCGCUGCCAUUAUCUGGACUGUCGCUCUCCUCGCCGGUUGUGUUUUUCUUUGCAUGAACCGUCAUCAGCACUGCAUUCGCAUCCGAAACCUGCCUCUCGCACUGAGUGCGGUAGCAUGUCUUCAUGUCUACUGGAUUCUGUGUAUGGUCGCAUACUCGAUGGGUAAUGCGUACCCAUGUGUCGCCGAAUACUGGAUUAUGAGCAUAUAUCUGCCUCUGGGAAUUGCUCUUUUCCAAGCAAAUAGCAUGCAACUUUUGAAUGUGUUUGGCAUCCAAGAGAAGCUGCUCCUCAAUGCCCGUCAACCGUCUCGAUCCCACUUGACCGCUCGAUCAAAAUCCCCCAGUCAAUACGUGUUGCAAUGGAAGCAGAUGAAUCUGGUACAGCGGACCGAGGUGGGAAUUGCUAUUGGAAUGGUGAUCCAGGUGAUUGUGUCACUCACUAUAUUCCUAACCUCGCGAAAAUUCCAUAAUUUUGGCACCUUUUCCCACUCCACUAGUCCAGAUGAAUGUCGGACGGGUCCCGAAUGGAUUCCCUCGAUUCUUUGGCAAUUGUGCUGGUCCUGGAUAUUUGCGCCAUGGAUGCUAUGGAAGAUUCGCAACAUCCAUGAUAUCCAUCACUGGCGGCUGCAGAUUACAUGCUGUGUCAUUGCCGGUUUACCCGGCUCGCCGAUGUGGCUGGCAGCGCUGUAUUUGUCUACCGAUACAUGGAAAGCCAUUGGCAGAUACUGGGUACCGGCUCUCUGGUUUGCUCCCGGUAUCAUGGCAAUGGAGGCUGUCACUGUUUUCUUUCCAUGCUAUGAGCUGGUUGUCUCUAAAAAGCAGAGAAACAGCAUGAUCGAGGAAAUCCAAGGCUGGGCUGAGAGGAAGGCUGCUGCCUCAAACGACACAGCCUCUGGGACUGCGCUAUCAUCUCAAAGCGGACUUGGUCGGAUGGAUCCAUUAUACUCCCGAAGAGCCUUGGAUAAGUGCUUAGCAGAGGACUCGAGGGCUCUGCUCCACUUUGCCGCGUCCAAGGAAUUCAGUGGCGAGAAUAUACUUUUCUUGAAUUACGUGCGCGACUGGAAAGCUGCAUGGAUAACGAUGAAUGCAUCACAGCUACAUUACGACUGGAAAGGCGAUCUUCAAUCUCACCGACUUCAUUUUUUCAAUAUCGCGGUCGAGAUCUUUGCCGCCUGUGUCGAUUUGAGACUGGCAGAAUUCCCCAUCAAUAUCGAAUCUCGCAUCUACGCCGAUCUGACCAACAUCUUCGGCGAAGCCGCCUUCUACCUUGGCCAACAUGUGUCCAAGGGAGGCAGAGCACCCACUUACAGGAAUCUCCCCAAGACUUACAACCAGACGCCGUUACAUAAGAAAAUGAAUUCCACUGUCGUCAUGGUGGAUGAAGAAGACACCGAGGCUCUGUGCUUAGACAAAUACCCGAGCGAUAGCGACGGCCAGAGCAUCAUGCAUAUCGAACCUCGUGUGCCGGGCUUCAUAUCGAUUCCUGCAGAGUUUGAUAUCCAUUCCUUUGAUGAGGCCGAAAAGUCGAUCAAGACUUUGGUCUUCACUAACACCUGGCCUAAGUUCAUUGAAUCUGAAUCUUCGGGCGACUUGUCAAGCAACCCUCCGUAA